AUGAACGCCGCUCCGCCUUUGACCACAACCUCUGCUCCUCAACCCGUCCCUGCAACCUCGAUCGAGGCCAAACUCGUCGUGCUUGGGGCACAAGGCGUUGGCAAGACCUCGCUCGUUUCGCGCUUCAUAAACCCGACCGCACAGCUGUCCAAAAAUGUACAGUCGACCAUUGGCGCAUCCUUUGUGACAAAACGCAUCACCGACCCCGAUUCCUCCACCGUUGUUCGAUUGCAGAUAUGGGAUACUGCCGGGCAAGAAAGAUUCCGAAGCAUCUCGAGGCUCUACUACCGGGGCGCAAAUGCAGGCCUCUUAUGUUACGAUAUCACAAAUGAGAGGUCCUGGGAGGAAAUGAAGACCUGGUUGGCAGAAAUGAAGGAAAACUGUGAGGACGGUGAUGCGAUGCCCAUUAUUCACGUAGUGGGAACUAAGAGCGACAUCGUCGCAGAGGAUCCCUCCAGCAGAGAGGUGACGUUCGAGAGAACGAUCGCCUAUAUGGCCGAACAAAUCGGAGGUAUCACUGCCCAAAGUACGGCGUCGACCCCGCCUUUGACCAUGAGGCCAGGCAACGGGACCCUCCAGAGCCCAGACUCUAAGCGAAGCUCCGGGUUUUGGAACCAGGACAUUGGCUGGGAUAGCUGCCAUGAAGUGAGUGCUAAGGACGGAGAAGGGAUUGAGGAGGUUUUCCGGGUCAUAGCCCGGAAAUUAAUUGAACAGAAGCAUCAAAAGGACGCCACGGACUUGUCACGGUUGCAGCAAACACCUGGCUAUCGCAGCGAAGCCGGUGAGGACUACUUUGCAGGUCACCCGGGUCAUUCUGGCAGUUUCAGAGUCGGGUACGGAGACAAACGACGAAGCUGGCUCGGGCUACCCAGUGUUGGACUCGGUGAGCCGGAGGGCGGAGGUUCAGGAUUUGGCACACGGGACCCCGAUGAGGCUCGCAGGAGAGGACGGUGCUGUUGA